GCACGGGUCAUCGCGUUAUCUUGGCAGACUGGAUUGUACGAGUAUAAAACGUGAGCAAACGAAGCUCGGCCGUUCCCAGACUUGGAAUCAAAACUCUUUUGCGCGCAUUGCUCACUAUACUAUUUUUUUAAUUUACUUUCUUAAUUGCUGCUGUUUUUUAUUUCUUAAAAUUUUAAUACAUAUUGCAAAAUUAUUUUCACCGUUAAAUACUGUGCAAAAAAUGUCUUUUGUUCCUACCGUCACAGACAUCGGCUCUAUCUACAGCCUCGAGGUGGAGGCUCAGUCCAAGCGCUACGCCCAGCUGGCCAAGUCGUUUGAGGAGCUCUAUGGAUCCAAGCCUGAAUUUACUGCUCGCGCGCCCGGGCGCGUUAAUAUCAUUGGCGAGCACAUCGAUUACUGCGGCUUCCCGGUCUUCCCGAUGGCGAUUGCGCCCGACACCCUGAUCGCCGUCCGGGCCAACGGAACUGAUCGCGUUCGUGUGGCCAAUGUCAACGCAGACAAGUAUCCCGCUCGCGAUUUUUCCGCCUCUGGUGAUGUAUUCGAUAUCGACUCGGCGCUUCACGAGUGGUCCAACUAUUUCAAGUGCGGAUACCGCGGCGUGUUCGACCAUUUGGGACGCAAGGACGGAAAGGGCUUUGACGCCCUGCUCGACGGCACAGUGCCUGCCGGAAGUGGCCUUUCAUCGUCGGCGGCAUUUGUAUGUGCGACAGAGCUGGCCGUCCAGCGCAUCAAUGGCUUUGAACUGACGCAGUCAGAGCUGGCUUCGAUUGCAGCCAGCUCCGAAUGCCAUGUUGGUGUGAACUCGGGUGGCAUGGACCAGACAGCCAGCAUCAUGGGCCAGCAGGGAUCGGCGCUGUUUAUUGAGUUCCACCCUGAGUUGCGCACCACUCCAGUCAGGUUCCCCAGCGUCAGCCCGUCGAUAGCGUUUGUCAUCGCCAACACACUGGUUGUCUCUGACAAGCAUGUGACUGCGCCCGUCUGCUACAACCUGCGCGUGGUCGAGACCCGCGUUGGCGCGCUGAUUCUGGCAAAGCACCUGGGCAUCUCCGAACGCCCGGCAUGCAAGGAUGUUGACCCCCUGACAUUCAAGAUCGUCAUGGGCGAAUACUUUGCCGACCAAGCUGAUAGCGGCAAGGAUGAGGUCCAGGUUUGGAUUGACCGCCUGUCUUUCAUGCUAGAGGAGUCCAAGAAGGCGUUUGGCAGCCAGCCUGAUGGCUAUACCCGCGAGAGUAUGGCAGCUGCGCUCGACAUCUCGCCGGAGGCUCUGAGUAUCAAGGUGCACGAGAACCAGUUCCCGGUGCGCGCCGACAAGUUCCAGCUGCUGAACCGCGCUCUGCACGCGUUCUCCGAGACACUGCGUGUUGUCAAGUUCCGGCAGAUCUGCGAGCAGCCCUCGGGCGAUGUGGCAAGGGCUCUGGGAGACCUGAUGAACGAUAGUCAAGAUAGUUGCCGCGACUUGUUUGAGUGCAGCUGUCCGGAGCUUGACGAAAUAUGUGCUAUUGCCCGUCGCGCCGGCUCAUUCGGCUCGCGCCUGACGGGUGCUGGGUGGGGCGGCUGCUCAGUCCAUGUGGUGCCCGGCGACAAGGUUGAGGAGGUGAAUAAGGCGCUGGCAGAGGAGUACUACGCCAAGCGCUUCCCCGAACUCACCAAGGAGCAGCUCGACGACGCGCUGUUUGCCACAGCGCCCGGAUGCGGCGCCUGCUAUUACAACGAGGCUUGAUUAAAUUAAUUAUUAGUUUUCAGACAUAAUCGAAUCAAGUAUAUUUCAAAUCAGCAAUGCUUUAUCGAUGACUUGUCCGCAUGCCACACUGCGUAUUGCCGAUUUCAAGGCCAUGUUAUAAGUAUACAGAUGAC